CCCGCGCGUGCGCGCCCGGGUCCGCCCUCCCCGCAGCUUCGGCUCCCGCGCGGCGGCGGCGGUUCCUUCCCCCUCCCCCAGCCCUGGCUCCGGGGGACCCCGCGAUGCCGGUCCGCACCGAGUGUCCCCCGCCGGCGGGUGCCUCAGCCACAUCCGCGGCCUCUCUCAUCCCGCCGCCGCCCAUCAACACCCAGCAGCCCGGCGUGGCCACCAGCUUGCUCUACAGCGGCUCCAAGUUCCGUGGCCACCAGAAGAGCAAGGGGAACUCGUACGACGUAGAGGUGGUGCUGCAGCACGUGGACACUGGGAACUCUUACCUUUGUGGGUAUCUGAAGAUUAAAGGCCUUACAGAGGAAUAUCCGACCCUUACAACCUUCUUUGAAGGAGAAAUAAUAAGCAAAAAACACCCUUUCUUAACUCGGAAGUGGGAUGCAGAUGAAGACGUGGAUCGGAAACACUGGGGCAAGUUUCUGGCUUUUUAUCAGUAUGCAAAAUCAUUUAAUUCAGAUGACUUUGAUUAUGAAGAACUGAAAAAUGGGGAUUAUGUCUUCAUGAGAUGGAAGGAACAGUUCCUAGUCCCGGACCACACAAUCAAAGACAUCAGCGGUGCUUCCUUUGCUGGCUUCUAUUACAUCUGCUUUCAGAAGUCAGCAGCCUCCAUAGAGGGCUACUACUACCAUCGGAGUUCAGAAUGGUAUCAGUCCCUCAACCUGACCCAUGUUCCUGAACACAGUGCACCCAUCUAUGAGUUCCGGUGACAGUGGUUCAGAACAGUGGCCAAAUAAAACUGAACUUGGCAACAAAGAGCUUUGCCAAGGAAAUUAUGUACCUGCCAGAACCAGGAGAGGUGUGUUCCUGUUUCUUCACAAGCAGACUUCAUCAGAAAGCAUGAAUGUUAACCUACAGGAUCCAAGGAGCAUGGCCAACCUUCAGGCAGGCAGAGGGAGCUGUCCGCCUCCUACCCUCCUUCCUCUCAGUGGCAUUGUGGUCACCAUCUGUUUCUGAACAACUUUAAAUGCACUUUCCUUCCUGCACAGCUAACUUCUGCAUCACUGAAAUGCCAUCUUUCCUCGGCCUGCCUCUAGCCAAGUGGAAGGUCAGCUCCUGGGUCACCUUAGCCUUGGUGCUCAGUGUCUCCACCCAGGCCCUACUCCUUCCCAGUGCUUGUUUGGUAGCCCAAGGAAAGGCAGAGCCCAGCAUCUUGUGCCCCAGAGCUCUAUGUGAGGAGCUGUCUGGGCCCAGAAUCUACCACCAAUGAGAUGAGAUGGGGGCCUUGGGGGGCCUCAUCGACCUUUGAUUCCAGGUGAUGUCUCCUGGGGCCCUGUGUGUUAACAAUGCAAGACUAGCACAUGGCUGUUGGGUUUUCUGGGCCUGCUUUGGGGAUCACUAAUUUUAAGGCUUCCAGAUCCCUGGUGGGAGUAGAUCCCAAACUGCUUUCUCAGUACAUUUGCUCCAAACUUCUGAACUUGAGGGCAAUACUAAAAUAAAAGAAUUUUUUAUUACAAAAUUAUUAUUUUUAUGGUACCUUUAACAAGGACCCUAUGGCAAAUGCACAAUUAUUCCGAAUUACAUUUAUCGUUUUCACAUUGAAAACAGCAAAUGUUGACUUAGUGACUUUUAUAUCUAUGUCUAUAUGUAUAUUUAAUCAACCAGCAGUUUUAAAACAAGUCAACCUGGUACAAAAGUUCUGCAGCAUUGCUUAAAUUACAGUGCUAAACACAAGAACUGUUUCCGGGCCACCUGAGCGUUUGCGCCUCCUCCUUUUGCUACUCAAAACUUCAGUGUGUCAUGACAACCUUUUCCAAAGGCAGAGGGGGCGUCCAUUCUCCGGAAAGGAUGACUGAAAUGUUGGCGUGGCGUGGGCAGGAAGAAAUGCGCUCAAAUAACUUGGGGCUCAUGUGCCAAAGUGUGAGGGAGGGGAGUGGUUUGGUUUGGUUUGGUUUGGUUUUUCUAAAUGUUUAAAAAGCUUAAUAGGUUGGCAUUGGUUGUAGUCCACAAUAUGGUCAGGACCUUGGGGAAUUCUGGGGGUUUACAGGUCCAAAUAUGAGGAAAAAAGCUUUAAAACACACACAGCCUCAGGGCUGGGAGUGCGGCUGAUCAAGCACUAGCCUGUCACCUAUGUGGACCUUGCCUUCAUUCCCAGUGCUGGAAAAAGGAACACCAAGGGGUAGCAGGUUGGUUGUUCUUGUAUUGUGCUGUGUUACUAAUACUGAAUAUCUGCGGGAGCCUUAAGGGAGCAGAAGUGGGGAAAGGAACCAGCAGGUGCUUGCGAUAUUCAUAGCCCCAAGACUUACCAUUCAGUAAAGCUGAGGCUCAGAAACCAUAAAAAUAAAUCAUCCCAAGACUUAGAAGAAAAUAAUAAACAUCCAUUUUCGAGAGCUGGAUCAAUGGUUCCUUACCCUUGAAAAGCAACCUGGGUAUGGCAGUACACCUGUAGUCCCAGCUCCUCAGAAGUCUGAGCCCAGGAGUAGGGGUCAAUGUGAGGUGAACCUUCAUCUGAGACCAAAGUUCACCUGAAUAUCAGAUGACCAGCUCGGAUCAGAAACACUUGGUUUACACCAUGGGACACCGUGGUUUCAAUUAAACUGAGGGACAACACUGAAGAGUGAAGGGGGCAGAGACUGACUGCUGGCUUUUCCCUGCAGCACCCUCUGGCUUCCUCUCCACCAUGCCACUCAACCCUUGUGUUCUGUGCAGGUAUCAUUCAGCAGUAGAUGGCAUCACCCUGAAGCUGGGGCUUUCGUGUAGCUCAAGUAGCACAUCAGUGAGCAGCUUCCCUUGUAAACGGGGCAGGCCAGGCUGUAGCUUAGGGACUUCCCCACACACCCCUUUUCUCCUUGGAUCUCUGUCGUCAGGGUCUCACGGUAACUCUGGCUGGUCUGGAGCUCUCUAUGUAGACCAGGCUGACCUUGAACUCACUGAGAUCUACCAGACUAUGAGUACUAGGAUUAAAGGUGUGAACCACCACGCCCUGCUUUUUGUUCUUCCUUAGCUAGGGAAGUGUUCCAGCUCUAAGAAAGCUGAAGGAAGGAUGCCUUUCACAGCCUUCAGACCCACCUGAAAACUUGCUGCUUAGAAGUCUACCCCUGAGCACUGGGCAGGAAUAAACACGUUCCACUUCUUAGUAACCCCUACCUGGUGGGCAGUGACUUCUCUUCCUUUUCUGUCCCUGAAGGACUUCUGGGGUCUUGUCUCCAUUGGUAGGUCUUUCUCCAGCUGUCUCGGUGGUUUACAUGCUCUGGUACUGUGUGCAAUAUCUUUGACUGACACUUGUAUCUAACAUUGAAAAAUAAGUGCAGACUGCAAAUUUCCUACUGUUCUCUACUCCAACAAGCCAGCCCCCAGGCCGGGACUGGUCUUACCUUACCCUCCACUCAGAAGGCUCCACUGCUGUGGACCUCUCAUUCCCUGCUUUACUCAUCUACCCAUCUAUCUCCUUUAAGAUUGCCUAGCAUUUCAGCUGCAGUCCAAAAGUAAGUAGACAAUGCCUAAUAUUAAGUAGACAGUCAGUUGGUAUACUGGCCCUGUUAGCAGUGUUGGAGUCAGACUCCAGUGGAACAAAGGGGUUUCUCAAUGUCUUUUGCUUUCAGAAGCAGGGAAUUUAUAUUCCUUUAAAGGCCUUGAAUGGAUUUCUUUCCUCAUAUAAUAGUCACUGAUAAGCUAAUUUUUAAAAAGAAAUGCCAUUAAGUAUGUUACAUUGUGGUUUAAAAUUACUAACAAGUUCUGGGAAAGAAAAAUACUUGAUUUUGAAUCUUAAAUGUUUUUUAAAAAUUAGAGUUCAAUGGGCGCAAAGUAAGAAUAUUUUGUUUCUUUAUGGAAGACCUGUGGAAAGGGUUUGAAGAUUUGCAAUGGGAGAAUUAUUUUGCAGAGCUAUCAAUGUCUAAAUAAUUUUUGAAAAAAAAAACAAUAAAGGUAUUUAAGCAGUGUGUGUUCAA